GUGGAUAACUCUGCUCUGAUCUACAUGCAGAGUGGCGGGCACGGAGGCCCCCAGGACAAAGCCACGGCAGACACCCACCGCUCGCCCUUCUUCCUCAAGCCCAGCCAGGGACAGUUGCAGGGCUCACAGCCAGGGCGGUUGGCGGGUGUCCUCUCCCCCACCACGGCUGCGCUGCCCGACAACAGCAGCACCAGUGACCCAGCCACGGACAACAACAGCAGCAACGUUGUCGGAGGAGGUGUGGCGGGUUCGAGUCCGGAGCUGUCUCAGCUUCGUCUCAAGUUGGAGCAGAAGAGGAAGGAGAUAGAGAGAAAGAAGCACCGGAUGGAGGCGCAGCAGAACAAGAUGAGGCAGAGGCUGGCAGGGGCCAUCACAACCAGCCACAGACCCACGCCACGGCGGCCCAGCUCAGAGGUCAGGGGGCGGCCAUCGCAGCGGACACCUCGGCCAAUCGCUUCACGGACUGGAGGACGCAGUCACAGCUGUCCAGAGCUGUCUCGGGCGACCGGGGCGGUGGUGGUGAUGGUGGUGGUGGUGGGGAUGCUGGAGGGAGUUCUGCUGCUGCUGCCCAGCGACCGGUGAAUCUACAACAGCAACAGCAACAGCAGCAGAUGGUGCUACCCCGUGGUGCGGAUGGGAACAGCGGUCGAGCACCGUCGGAAGCCGGCUCGGAUUCCUCAGGCUCGUCCCAGAAGUCGUCUGGGAGCAAGGCAUUCUCGCGGGAGGGCAUGCAGCAGACCAUCGACAAGGUGAAGAACAACUGGUUCCACAAUGAUCUCAUCACUGGUGGGGGAGGAGUGGGAGGAGGAGGAGGAGGAGGGAUGAGAGGAGCGGGGAGUGAGGAGGACGUGGACGUCCUAGACGGAGAUAUCGGUUUCGCCCGAGGGCCGGGCGGGUAUUCCCGAGCGUCGUCUGCUAGUCCUCAGUCGGGAGGAGAUCGGGGAACGCCUCCGAGGGCAGGGGCGGGGGUGGGUGCUUCGCAGUUAGCGACGAGUGCCCCCGUGCCCUGCCCCCCUCGCCCCGCCUCGAGAGAAUCGUCGUCCUCUCCACACGCCAAAAGUGACUCGGAGAACUACCAGGAGUACGACUCCUCCCUGGACAAACUCAACAACAGCCUGACGGAGCUGCAAGGGGAGAUAAUGCGGCUGUCUCUGCAGCACGAACAGCUCAAGGCUGCGCAGUCUCCGCAGGGUGGCGGCCCCGAGAUCCCGUCUGGGUUCGAGCCCCGUAUGAGCGAUGCUCUGGCUGCGAUCGGCUCCAACGAAGGGCUCGCCACACCUCCACCCCCCUCCUCCUCCUCGUCAUCCUCAGGGUCGGCCUCAGGGCGGCCCAUCCACGGCAUCCCGCCGCAGGCCGCCUACCAACAGCACGCGGCAUUGCUGCGGCAACAGCAGUCCGGCAGCCCGUCCCCGGGCCCCCAGCAACAAGUGCCAUACGCUAAUAAUAGUAACAGUUCUGGCACGCCCCAGUUCCCCCCGUCUCCCCACCAUGCUGUGGCCGACGUAGACUCGAACUAUGAGACCCCUGGUGCUGUAGGCGAUGGAGCAAACUCCGACAACCAAAACAAAGAUGGAGGUUUCUUCGUGUCCUUCGGGGACGACGCCACGCCCAAGCGAUCCAAACCCCGUUUGUCAGACCGGCGGGGAGUGUCCCCGGCCCCCCAGACACCACAGCGCGUGGGUCCCGGCUCACUCACCAAGGUCAUUGACGAGGCAGACGUUGUCCCGGGACACGCCAUCGAUGUGCUACCCCCCCAGAAGGGGGACGACUCUGGCGCGCCCGCUCUCGGCUUUCUCAUCAAAGACCAGGAGGCAGAGGCCAAGAAACAGGCGGGCGGCGAUGAGAUGCAGAAGAAGAAGCAGAAACUGAUGGAGAUGCAGAGGAAGAGGAAGGAGGAACAGGAGAGGAGGAGGGUGGAGAAGGAGGUAGAGACUGCUCGCAAACAGGAGCAGAAGAUGAUGAAAGAGGAGGAGGCGGAGAAGAAGAAGGUGGAGGAGAGAACGCGGCGUGAGGCUAUCUUCCAGCAGUACCUCCAGCGUAAACAACAGGACGAUGAGGAACCGAACCCCACACCGCCCGUGAAGCACCGCAAGGACAAGAGGAACAGCAGCGGCAGUCGGCCACGACCCAAGUCUAUGAUGGCCAAAACCAAACCCAUGACGCCUGAGCCUG